AUGCCUUCUAAUCGAGAAUCAACCGGUUUUGCAUCCUUGGGAUUUUCAAUAGUAGCGAUUUUUAUACAGCUGGGCUAUAUAAAAAUCGAUGCAUUUGACUAUAAUAGUCUCCGUAUAUUCAUUACGAGCAUUAACAUCAAAGAGUUCUCCUGCACACAAAGCCCACCAUCCCAGCCAAUUUAUGGUGGUGGUAACAAGUACGAAACAAAAGACGAAGCUUGGCAAGUAAUUGCCAUGAAAUUGCGUAGUGAUGUGGAGACCUGUAAGAAGCGAUGGAAGUAUUUAAGGGAGCGAUAUGUGUCACAACGUAAGCAAGGCGAUCCUCAGGUAUAUGAACAUCUAUCGCGACCGUAUUUAGAAAAAAAGAAAUUCCUAGAUCAACACAUACAGCCGCGUAAAUCUUAUCGUAAUGUACCCAACUUUCUGACCUCUCCGCAUUCAGCAAACAGUUCAAAUUUUAUUGACUACAAUAUGGAUUCAAAAUCGAACAGCUCGAUGAAAAAUUUAAACUAUUUUGGCGGCCACAGUCACCAUUAUCAUCAGCAAUCAGAUCAACAGCAUGCCAUGAAUGCCUUGAGCUCUGCAGCAGUGGCGGCCUCGGCCUUGGAAAAUGAUAAUCGUGUAAAAAUAGAAGCUGAUCAAGUGUUUCGAGAUUUUGCCGCUGCUGUCGCGUCGCAAUAAUUACAACAAAUCUCACAAUCACAAAUGCAACAACAAGCGGCUGCAGUGGCAGCAGCCAUGGCUGACUCUUCACCAAAUUAUACGGAACAUUUUAGAGACACAACAAAUAACGCUUUGAGUGGGAUUUCUAAUCCGCAAACCAACUUAGUUGGAAACGGAGGACUGCCGUCCUCUUCGUCUUCUAUUAAGUCACUCUUAUCUUCUCCUAUCCCAGAUGGUAACCAUAACGGCACAACUAAUCCAGGUCAUUCCAGUACACCUCAACAAACGGUCGCGCAUUCUUUCAGUUCUGCACAUUCUGCCAAUGCAAUAAAUCAGCAUGACGUCAGCAACCAUAACUUUAGUGAAUCACAAAAUGAAGAUUUAGAUUCAUCCACCAGUAGCAACUAUCACAGGAAAAAACCUAGAGGUCAACUAAAUAAUAGUACGAAUAGUAUGAAUGCUUCGUCCCAGCACAACAACAACAAUAACACUAACGGACAGUUAAGUAAUAGCCACAAUAGUAUGAGUGUCAGCUCACAUUUUGUCGGUGACACUGACGAUUCUGAUGAUAGUAGCGGUAUGCUACAACCUCAGGCUGUGCUAAAUGAAAGCGCAGAAAAUCCUUUCAGUUCCAUCAGUGCUUCAACGUCGACGGUAGCUUUGCAACAACGGCAAAACGACAAUAGCAACAACGUCAACAGUCAACUCUCAAACCAAGCUUCUAAUAUGUUCCCUUCGAACGCCGAUUUUCUUUUACACCUAUACCAACAACUACCACAACAACAACAGCAACAGAAUAAUGUACAACAAAAUCAUCAGUUCGGUAAAUUCCAAGUGCCACAAACUCCACCUCCACCUCAGCGUAGUUCUGAACAUUUGCUGGGCGAAUUAGUGACUACGGAGCUGUUAAAAAUGUCCAAGGAGCGACGAAAAAAUGUCCAAAAGCGCAUAUUGGAAAUAUUAUUCUUUGACGACUAA